UCCGUGGUGACCAGAAGACACAUGUUGGAGAGGCGGUGGGCUGCUGCAACGUAAUUGUUUCAAAUUAGGCGAGUCGGACGCAGUGUAUUGACGCCAUGGGUGAUUUUCCUCGCUGUCCUCCUCCGGGGCAGCUGCUCAGAGCCCCGGUAUUUAACUGGCGGCCUCCUUCAGGCGGGUUUUACCCUGGCAGUGGGAACUGGUUUCAGCCCCCUGCAUCUGUUACACACUCUGGACCCUUUGAGUUCAGGGGACCUGGUCCUCAAGCUGGACCGUGGGUUUUUGACGGACCUGGACCGUCGACUGGUCUUGGAGUGUGGGGCUUUGGGGGGCCUGGGCCUGGGGCUGGACCUGUACCUGGACCUGGACCUGGGACUAAAUCUGCUUCUGACCCUGCUGGAGCUGGAGAUCAUGGUUCUGAAACUGGGCCUGGAGCUGGUCCUGAACUUGAACCUGAAGUUGGAUUUGAGGCUGGUCACGGACUUGGAUCUGAUCCUCGACAAUGGGGAUCUGAGUCUGGGAGAUUUGGAUCUGGAUCAUGGGGCUUUGGGGGACCUGGGGUUGGUCCAAGGUUCUGGCCAGGGAGGUUUGCACCCUGGAUUGGUGGUCACCACUCCAGGCCAGGCCAUCAGUAUCACAACAUGAAGAAUGGAGUGAAGAAGGCUAGAAAAAGGGAGCCAGUUUACUCCCAUUACUGUGACACCUGUGACCGAGGCUUCAAAAGUCAAGACCACUAUGAUGAACAUGUGGCACAGCAUGUCAAGUGCUCUGUGGAGGACUGCAAUUUCAUGGCUCAUAAGAAGCUCGUGAGCAUCCACUGGAGGAAUAACCAUGCAUCUGGAGCAAAGAGGAUUAAACUGGACACUCCAGAAGAAAUAGCAAAAUGGAGAGAAGAGAGACGAAAGAACUACCCAACCUUGGCCAAUGUGGAACGGAAGCGGAAGUUGAUGGAAGACCGGUUGGAGAGAGGAGAGGUGUUGGAGACGGCGCAGUUUGGACGCAUGCGAGGCAGGGGUCGUGGGUUCCAUCGGCGAGGGGGGUGGUUCCAGAACUCCGAGAGGAGAGGGUGGAUGAGGCCGGGACCCCAGGCCUGUGCGGCAAAGGAUGCCGAGAGGCCACCGCAGAAGCCGGUUGUGAAAGAUGGAGACCCGUUGGGAGUCAUCAUGAACAGCGAUUCGGACUCUGACAAGGACGACACGGCUGACGGCGAGAAGGGUGGCAUGAUUGUGACCCCGAAGCAGGUGACCUCCGGCUUGGGCGCCUUGAUGGCCAACUACGGCUCCAUGUCAGAGAGCGACAGCGAUGGAGAACCUGAAGCUCUUCCAAUUCUGAAGGUCAGCAAGGUGCUCGAGGAGAACAAGGCCAUGCUUCGAGGUCUGUCCGAGAACACCCAGGUUGGGCCACCUCCCCGGAGCCCGAGGACACCCCCCAGGCCCCACGCGACACAUCCACGUGCACCUCUGAGUCGGCGAGGCAGAGGGAGAUGUCACCCAAGGGGCCCCGCGGCACCCCGACGCAGAGCCACGCUGCUGGAAAUGCUGCUUGCACCAGAAAUCCGCCACGAGAGAAACGUGCUCUUGCAGUGCGUCCGGUUCGUCGUCCGGAACGGGUUCUUCGGACUGGACCGCGGAGCCGAAGAUAAAGCGACGGUUGGCAGAUCGGAUUCGACAGCUGCACGGGAGCAAAGACCAGAGACCGGAACCCAGGAGGAGUGUCCGGUACAGAACUCGAUGGUCAGUGGGGACUGUGAGCCUUGCUCUCACCUUCCCAAGUCAGAUGUGCAGCCAGACCACCAGACCACGGACAUCGCCGAGAAUGGACCCAAGCCUCUGGAGGCCGGGACCAUGGAUAUGGAUGCAAACGGGAGCGAAUCGGGCGCAAGCCCCCUGUGUGAUGACCCUCAGGAGAACGGGGGGGACUUGACUAGGGAGACUCAUGGGGAUGUUUGUCCCACAAAGGAUUCAGACCUCGGUGGACAGACUGAACACUGCGGUGUUGACUCAUCAUCAGGAGAUGAUGCCGGUGUGGCCGGAGACUGUAACACCAGAGAAGCUGGAGAGCAGGGUGCCCGACCAACAGUCUCUGUAGUGGAUGAGGACAUCUGGGAGAACCCUGCAGCUUAUUCAGAGGAUGUCUGACUUUCUGUUCUUUCCGCUGUUCAACAUACAAGGAAAACAACCAUCAUAUUUGUACAUGAGCAUGUUUACGCAACAUAAAAUGCACUGAAUUUAUGGAUAUUUCUUAGUACGUGUACUGUAGAGGAAAUGGUUUUUCAGUGUCCGUGAUGUCAUCAAUGAAAUUGCUCAGAUUUUUGUAGAACAAUUGCUUUGAAUCAUAGAUAAACCUCAUCCUCGCCUUUGUGGACACUUAGUGCCUUAUGAGUAUCUCUUUGUGAUACGAAUACAUAGAUUUUCACAAUGAAGUCUUCCACCUUGAAUUGGUGACUUGUGUUGGAAUU